AUGCGCGCUGACACAAAGAAGCGAGAGCGCGAGGAGCAAACAGGAGUCAAACGCGAAUAUGCGUCGGUAGUGCCCAUUGGUCGAGAGCAGCAGGAUAAUGCUGGAGAAAUGGGAUCCCGCUUCCCAGACGGAGCAGGUGAGUGUACAUCUCCUUGUCUGAAUGGGGGUUGGUGUGUCCAUCCAGACUCCUGUAACUGCACUUUAUACCAGGCCACUGGAACACACUGCCAGACAGUCCCCAACCUAGGCUUUGAGCGAGAGAUGAUGUGCCGCUCAUGGGGACAAUACAACUAUGAAACCUUUGAUGGACUUUAUUACUACUUCCCUGGGAAAUGCAGCUACACACUACUAAAAGCCUGUGAAGACAACUCUCAGUCCAGUGUACAUAUACAGGUGCAUAAUGACCCAGAAUGCAAUUCUUUCCCAUACUCCUGCACACGUUCAGUCAGCCUCUUCCUGCCAUGGGAAGGAGAGAUUAGGUUACAGAACUCCAGUGUUACAUUCAAUGGUCAAAGUGUGCAGCUGCCUCAUAACAUCCACGAUGUUGAGCUGGAGCGAAUCUCUGACUAUAUCAUAGUAUCACAGCCGCAGGGUUUCACGCUGGCCUGGCAGGGGCUUACUGGCUCUGUAUACAUUAAGAUGAGCCCAGAGUUUGUGGGACGCACCUGUGGACUAUGUGGGAAUUUCAAUGCGGACACUCAGGAUGACCUGAAGACCAGCUAUGGUGUUUUCACACAGGAUUUGGCCAUGUUCGGUAACAGCUGGGCAGAGGAUGAGCCACAGCUGGCCAGAUGUCCUAUUGUUCCCUCUCUCUAUUCCUCACCCUGUGCCACGCAAGAUCCUCAUGUCCUAUUGAAAGUGGAGGAGGUGUGUGCCACCCUAUUGAAGGAGCCGUUCAUUUCCUGUCAUGAGUUUGUCAGUCCAUAUUCAUACAUGGCCAGCUGCUCCAAUGACCUCUGCCUGUCUGGUCCCAAUGGUGAUAUUGUGUGCCAGGUGUUUACGGAGUAUGCCAGAGCAUGUGCCCAUGCUGAACAACCACUGCAUAACUGGAGAGCACAUUUUCCUGUUUGCGAUGUUGAUUGCCCUGGUGAGCUCCACUUCAGAGAGUGUAUCACCUGCUGCCCUACACACUGCAACAUCGAACGCAUGUGUAUAGACAGCAAGCUUCAGUGUUUGGAUGGCUGCUACUGCCCUGAUGAUUUGAUCUUUGAAGAUGGACUGUGUGUUAAGGCAUCAGACUGCCCAUGUGAGCACCAUGGUAUGCUGUACCCCUCCGGACAGGUCAUACAAGAAGACUGCAACAACUGCACAUGUGUAGGAGGAGUAUGGAACUGCACAGAGCGCAAUUGCCCAGGAGAGUGCUCUGUGACAGGAGACAUGUUCUUUCAGUCAUUUGAUGGCCGCGUUUACACCUUUCCUGCUACGUGCCAGUAUGUUUUAGCCAAGAGCAGAAACUCUGGCAGGUUCACCGUGACCAUUCAGAAUGCACCCUGUGGAGCCAAUCUGGAUGGUGCAUGUAUUCAGUCAGUGAACCUGGUGGUUGAUGAGGAUCCACGCACUGAGAUCACAAUGAGCCACAGUGGAGAGGUUUUUCUGGCCAGCCAGUUCAGGAUUUCACUGCCAUUUUCAGAUGAUGUGUUUCAGAUCCAGGAGCUGUCAUCCAUGUUUGUUCAGGUGAAGUCAUCACAGGGUCUGCGGCUGCAGUAUAACUGGAGAGAGUUCAGGCUGUACCUCCAGUUGGAGGAACACUGGAGAGAUGAAACUGUGGGGCUUUGCGGAACCUUUAACGGCAACAUUCAGGAUGAUUUCCUGUGCGUUUUCAAAUGAUCGCUUUGCUUUCUCGCACCCUCUGGCAUGAUCGAGAGCACACCAUCCUUGUUUGGAAAUGCAUGGCGUGUGUCUUCAGCAUGUGUGCCACGGCCCAGCUUACCCCAACUUGACCCUUGUGACACACACCAACAAGCAGCUACCUAUGCAGCGGAGAAGUGUGACAUAAUGAUGCAGGAGGUGUUUUCUGCCUGUCAUGAGUAUGUGAGCCCAGUGGCAUUCCAGCUACAAUGUCGUGCGGACGUAUGUAAGUGUGGAGCGCCGUGCCUUUGCUCCAUCCUUGCUCACUACUCACGCACCUGCAGGAGACAUGGUGUCAUCAUUGAAUUUCGCUUACACCUGCCUGAGUGCGCCGUCACGUGUCCGCCUACUAUGGAGUAUGGAGUCUGCGUGUCUUCGUGUCAGCGUCGCUGCCCGUUUCUGUCUCUUCCACAGCCGUGUGGGGAUGAGUGUGAAGAGGGGUGUGUUUGCCCAGAAGGAACAUACCUCAACAUCAAUACAUACACCUGUGUGCCACGGAGUGAGUGUCCAUGCAGUUUUCUUGGUGCUGAUUACUCUCCUGGAGAAGUGAUCAUGACAUCAUCAGGUGUACAAAUUUGCCAAGAUGGAAAACUUGUUUCCCAGAGCUCAAUUAUUGAUACGCUGUGUCCACCUGGGCAGUUUUAUGAGGAUUGUGGGAACAGACUGGAUUUACUCUCUGCCAGUAAAGGUUUAGCUUGUGAAAAGACCUGUGAGUCAUAUUUACUUAAUCUCACCUGCUCAGCCCAUGAGCCGUGUGUGCCUGGCUGCGUCUGUCCUGCAGGGCUUUUAAAGCAUGGUGACGAGUGUUUCGAGCCACGUGCAUGCCCAUGUUUGUGGAAAGGGAAGGAAUAUUACCCAGGAGACAGAGUGUCCUCCCCCUGCCAUCAGUGUGUGUGUCAGCAUGGCACGUUCCAGUGUGAGUUCCAUCCAUGUCCAUCGAUGUGCACAUCUUAUGGAGAUCGACACUACCGAACGUUUGACGGUUUCCUGUUUGAUUACAUUGGUGCCUGCAAGGUGUAUUUGGUAAAGAGUUCGGUAGAUGUAAUGCUGACAGUCACAGCAGAAAAUGUUGACUGCUUUGAAAGUGGCGUGAUCUGUAGGAAGUCUCUCCUCAUCUCUAUCGGCCGCUCCUUCAUUGUGUUUGAUGAUGACACCGGCAAACCUAACCCAUCCAGUGUGAUUGACAGGCAUAGAGACUAUAUUUGGCAAGCAGGAUACUACACCAUCGUACAUCUGCUUGGGGAAGACCUUACAGUGCUUUGGGACAGAAAAACCACCAUCCAUAUACAAGCUGGACCUCGCUGGCAGGGCAAGCUUUCUGGUCUUUGUGGGAACUUUGAUCAGAAAACAGCAAAUGAGAUGAGAACACCAGAGAACAUUGACUCAUCAACACCGCAGGAGUUUGGCAACAGCUGGACAGCAACAGAGUGUGUGAACAGUCCUGAUAUAAGGCACCCCUGCAAUUUGAAUCCUCUUCGAGAGCCCUUUGCAAAAAGACAGUGUGGGAUUCUGCUCAGUGAAGUGUUCCAGGUCUGCCACCCAGUGGUAGAUGUCACAUGGUUCUAUAUGAACUGCCUGGUGGACACAUGUGGCUGCAACCGUGGAGGAGACUGUGAGUGUUUCUGCACAAGUGUUUCAGCAUAUGCUCACCGCUGCUGCCAUAAGGGCGUGACCAUUGAUUGGCGCUCUCCUUCCAUCUGCCCUUAUGACUGUGAAUACUACAACAAAGCUUUAGGGAAGGGUCCUCUCAAACUGUUAACCUUCAGAGAGAGAGGUACACUGUUGGCAGCCAAUAAGACAAGUGGACUGGUGUUACCAAAAAGGGAAAUAUUCAGUUCUGAUGAGGUUUUGAUGCUGUUCAUGAUGACACCAGGCCUCAGCAAAGCCAGACCACAUGAUUCAUCACUGGUAUCAUUUGAGGCAGCAGACAGACCCAACUACUUCUUAACAGCAGAGCGUAGUGGCCAGUUGAGACUCCAGAAGUGGGAAGACACGGAGGCAUUCUGGGAUGCAGCUACAUUUGUGCUGCACAGGGACACAUGGAUCUCAGGCUUUGAUUCACUGGAGUCACUGGCACGGCCAGGAUUCUUUAUGCAUUUCAUGCAGUCCAGACUCCAGCUCCUGAAAUACAGUCACUCAGACCGGUACCGCCGAGCUACACUGUUCAGACUUACAGGUGCUAUACCAGACUAUCCAAUGGGUCCUCGGUGCCAGUGGCGGUAUGAGUCAUGUGUGAGUCCAUGUUUCAGGACAUGCAGUGACCCAUCAGGUCUGAGUUGUGUCAGCAUCCUAAAAGUGGAAGGAUGCCUGCCGCAGUGUCCGAGUCAAAUGGUUUUAGAUGAGGUCACUCACAGAUGUGUCUAUCUGGAGGACUGCAUUAAGCCUGCCGUUGUUCCUCCAUUCACACCACCCAGCCCUGCCAUAUCAUCUACACCCACUUCUGCAAUUUCCACCUUGAGCGGUCCAACAAUUUCUACAUCAGCCACUACUAAUGCUAGCACCACAGCAUCUACACCUACUCAUCCUAUACCAAGCACAGCAAAGCAAACAUCUUUCGCUGUCAGACCUGAGGUUGUUGAUACCAUUACCACAUUAACAACAUCCUCUUCCUCCACAAGCCCACUGGCUUCCACUCAGAGAACCACUAGAGUGCCAAGCAGUACCCACAGUCCCACUUCCCCCACCACUCUGCACUCUAGCCCAGUAUCUGUCUCAACAUCUCUACCAUUGACCUCUACAACAAGCAGGCCAUCAGAGCCUUCAACACUACUCACCAGUACCACAACUGUACCCUUGUGGCCUACUUCAAGCCCUGUUCUGUCUACCUCAAGCAAGGAGCCAACCAGAGUAAGCACUCUACCUGUGCUUCUAGUUUCGACCAGCAUGAGCCCCACAAAAGCCACAUCCCCAACAGUCAAAGUGUCAUCUCCACCCACAUCUAGUACAGAGACUCCCAGGGUCUCAGAGGCCUUCACACUUUACACUGAAAAGAGCACAACACCCACUGUGACUUCUACUGGUGGCACACAGACUGCUGCUGAAACCAUCAGCACAACAAAGCUCACUCAGCCAUUACCUAUAACAUCCAUAUUAGAAUCGAGUACCUUUGUCACCACAGCUAAUCUUACCUUGUCUACUUCUCCACACACACUGAAGACAACCCAUGAGAGCACCUCUGAAACCCAGAAGCAUUUGGAGUUGGAAACUAUUUCCACUUCACCUACAGAAUCAUUGUCCACCCGCAUCCCAUUUGAAUCCACCAGCUCUGCUGUUCCAUCACCACCAUCAACUCAAACUACACCAUUUGCUCCUUCAACCUCAACUUCAUUAACCUCAGAGCAACCUAAAACUUUAAAAACAACACUGUCUGUCUCCAAAACUGCCCCAGCAACCAGAAUCACCACAGUGUCCUCUCAAGCCCCUAUAGUCGUACCAGCAGAAACCACGGCAAAAACAACCUAUCAGUCAACAUCUUCUAUAUAUAUUUAUCCUGCUGCUCCAACAACUGAGAGGACAUUACAGACAGAUUCAAAAGUGACCCAAACCACGUCAACUCAAUCUGUGCCACCAGAAACAUCCCAAACCAGUGCAAGAACAAUAGAAACCCCACUUACUACCUACACCACCAUUCCAUCCACCUCAAUGACUGCAGAGGCAACAUCAUCACUGCUCACAUCCCAUGUGUUACUCACUGAAAAGACAACAUCUAGAGCUAUGUCCAUGUCUACUACACUGGGCCCGACAGAGUCUUACUGGGGUUCUGUUUCCACCACUGCUCGACUCACAGACAAAGUCAGCACUUCCCCACUUUAUCCACCUUAUUCUACAACUACAAUAACCACACUUCUUGAGAUCUCACCAUCAUCCCCAUCCACACUGACAACUGCAACCUCAAUAUCUCAAGCCUCAACAAAAACCACAGAAACAACUCUCACUUCUGAGACAUCUAUGCUAACUUCCACCACAACUGAGAAGCAGUUUGUUUUCACCACUGGAACAUCCACACCCACACCCUUGACUAUACAUCCUGUCACAGAGAUAACAAGGGUUUCUCCCACCAUGGAUAAAACGGUGCCCUCAACUGCUGCAAUGACAUGGACAUCAACAGAGCAGCAUGAGACCUUGAGCACUCUGCCUUCCAGAAUUACUCCAAAAAUUACGACUCGUGUCACACCAGUCCUGACUUCACGGGCGCCUGUGGAUACUACACGGCGAGAAACUCCAAGAGUUCUGGCCACAACCAGCAUUUCACCUCUGGUCAGGAAUGAAACAACAUUGACAACACAAUUUACCACCAUUUCCACAGAUAAAGCGACCACUAUUUCCACAGAUACAACUACCACUAUUAUCCCUGUUGCUACUACAAGCACACAGACAACACACAGUCCCGAAACCACCACAGGAUCUACAGAGCACACCACAGAAUCUGGACCAACCACAAUAUUCUCAUCAUCUGGAACAACUAUCUCAGCUCCAGUGUUUAGUUUGGGAUCAAUUGUUACCCACGCUACUAUUUCCACAAAGCCGCCUGCUUCCCCUACUCUCACUGAGAGUAUUUCCUUCACCUCUACUGAACACCCUUUGGUGGAGGAACAUACCUCAGUCACAGCUAAGUCACCUGUUCCAGACAUUGGCCUAACAACACUUGGUUCCUCUGUGAUGACCAGCCUUCCCUACACUAUAGAAACAGAGCACUGGAUGAUGACACCUGCAGUUCCCAAAACAGUGUCUCUCAAGCCCAGCAGAGUGUGCACUUCUCCGUAUUCAGAGGUUGUGGAUGAAUGCACUAAGGUAAUUUGUGUGAGCGGUCAGCUGCUGCUCUUCAAUAAGUCUCAAAGCUGCCCUUAUGAUCCCACGCCCCCAAACUGUGGUCUUCUUGGCUUUGCUGUACUGGUCAAUGGUGACAAGUGUUGUCCACGUUGGGACUGCCCAUGUCGUUGUUCAGUUUUUCCGGAUCUCAAUGUGAUCACGUUUGAUGGGAACAGUGUUGCAAUAUAUAAAGCCGCUUUAUAUGUGGUGACCCAACUUCCCAAUGAGACUGUCAGCAUCAUGAUACAAGAGUGUUCUGGACCAGAUGACAGACUUGUGUGGAACUUUACCAAUUUGUGUCUGGCAGCUUUAAACAUCACUUACAAAUCCAAUGAAGUUCUCAUCAACCGCUUGCAGAGACGUCUAUAUGUGAACUCCAGGUAUGCAAAGCCAAGGUUUAAGAAGUUUGGUUUUGAGAUUCUGGACACAGGAAACAUGUAUCUCAUCCGAAGUCCAGCUGGUUUGAAGAUCCAGUGGUUCCACACGACAGGCAUGAUGGUGAUUGAGAUGGACAGUUAUAACGACAGACUACCCACCAUGGGCUUGUGUGGUAAUUGUGAUGGUAACCCACUGAAUGAUCUGACUCUGUCUAACGGUACAGUUGUGACUGAACAAGAGGAUCCAGCCGUGUUUAUUGAUAGCUGGCAGAUUCCCAACACCACCAGCUACAUCAGCAACAUCAGAAGGAGGGAGGUCAACUGCACCACAAGUGACUGCUCUCAGUGCAUGAGCAUGUUAAACAACCAUACCUUCACCAUCUGCCAUCCUUAUGUCCCUGCAGCGACAUUCUGCGAGAUGUGGGUGAGAGAUGUGGAGUAUGUGAAUAAUCCUUGCGUUGCUCUGGCUGCUUAUGCUGCAUCCUGCCACAAAUUCAACAUCUGCAUGGAAUGGAGGAGCCCUGAUUUCUGCCCAUUUAUAUGCCCAGAAAAUCUGUGGUACCAGGCAUGUCUGCCAGCCUGCACUGCCCCCUCCUGCCCAAACCAAGAUUUUGAGUUUGUCCCAGAGCAAUGCAUAGGCCUUUCAGAGGGUUGUGUGUGUCCAGAGGGAACUCUCCUACACCGGCCCUAUUCUGCUCUCUGCAUUCCACCCAGCAAGUGUGCUUGCACUGAUAGUUUUGGAACUCCACGGGCACUGGGUGAGGUGUGGAAAGCCUCUCUGGAUGGCUGCUGCAUGUAUAAGUGUGAGAAUGACAGCAUUGUGCCGGUGGAGUAUAACUGCAGUGACAUCCCUCAGCCAGUCUGCACGCGUGCAGGGGAGAUCAGCGUUAGCCUUACAGAUCACAGCAGCUGCUGUCCUCACAAAGCCUGUGUUUGUAAUCAGAGUAUGUGUGAGAUGGCUCCUGCAGACUGUAAAUAUGGGGAGAAGCUGGUGUCAUAUCAUAGGCAGGACUCCUGCUGUCCAGAAUACAUAUGUGAGUGUGAUCCUGAUCAGUGUGUCCUGGACAUUCCUGUAUGUCGAGAGGAUCAGACAUUGAUCGCCACUCGUGCUGAAGGCAGCUGCUGUUUGGCCCACAUCUGCAUGUGUGACAAAUGUUCUGAGGCUGCUCCAGUGUGUCAAGAUGGAGAACUGCUGAUCGUGGACACAAACAGCACAGAGCGCUGCUGUCCAGUUUAUCACUGCUUGUGUGAGACCUCACGAUGCUUAGAGGUCACAUGUCCAGUUGGCAUGGCUUUAGUUUCCUCAAGGAUUCCAGAACAAUGUUGUCCAUCACAGACAUGUGAAUGUGCAUGUGAGAAAAUAAUUCACCCUAAAUGUUCUCUGGGGGAGAGUAUGCAGUUAGACAGAGCAUUUCUGUCUGAUCCAGAAAACCAGUGUAGUUGCAAACGCUUCAUGUGUGUGAGAGAGGCGGUGUGUGUGGAUGGGCAAAGGGGAGUGAUGCGGCCGGGGCAGACUCUGGUCGAGCACCACGAACAGGGUGUGUGUUACACCACACAAUGCACACAAACUCUGGACUCUGCCACAGGUUUCUAUGUCCUCAAAGCAACCAGCACUAACUGUACUGCACUCUGCCAGCCUAACCAAAUAUACAUGCCGCCUAAAGACCCCAGCAGCUGCUGUGGGGUGUGUAGGAACAUCUCCUGCCUGCAACAGAGUGAGAAUGGAUCUGUAACAAUGUACAAGCCAGGGCGCAGCUGGAUAUCUGACUGUAUGCGCUACGACUGCACAGACACUCUGUUAGGACCUGUGCUUGUCUCCCACCUCUACAGCUGCCCCCCCUUCAAUGAGACAGAAUGUAUGAAGAUUGGUGGCACUGUUGUGAGCUACAUGGAUGGAUGCUGCAAGGCAUGUAAAGAGGAUGGAAAGUCAUGUCAGAAAGUGACAGUGAGGAUGACAAUUAGAAAGAAUGACUGCCGUAGCAACAGACCGGUCAACAUAGUGUCAUGUGAUGGAAAGUGUCCAUCUGCGAGUAUUUACAACUACAACAUCAACACAUAUGCACGUUUCUGCAAGUGCUGCAGAGAGAUGGGCCUGCAGCGCCGUUCAGUCCAACUCUACUGUAGUGGAAACUCCACAUGGGUCAGCUACACUAUACAAGAACCAACAGACUGUUCCUGUCAGUGGUCUUAAGCCCAUUAAAAGUGUAAACCAUAAAAGAAAGUGUUACUUAUAAUUCAACUUGAAAGUUAAUUUCACAAGCACCAUAAAACUGUAUCUUAAGAUAUUAGGGUUGCAGAGUUUUUUUCUAUCAAAUGUCUUAAAUAAUGUCUCAGAAAAUGGUAUAUAUUGGGUGCCAGCAUGUUUGAAAUGUAAGUAAUAUGGAAGCAGAUGCUCAGCUGUGUUUAUUAGAGGAUACAGGAAUCCGAUAGCAGUAAUAAAUAAAUGCAGCUGUGCUCCUGUUCUGUAUAUAUGGAAUCCUACUACGGAGCUUACUGAAAUAACAAAGACGUACUAAUUGCAUUUACAAUAGAUACUUUUCGACAGGUAAUAUUACUUCUUAAUUAUCUGAAUAUUAAGUGAUUUGACAUGCUUUAUAACAAUCACAUGUUUAUUACGUAAUUAACUUUAUGCUGUAUUUUGAGCACUUUAUUUAUUUAUUACCAUAUAAGAAAAAUUUCUUCACUCAAGAUACAAGAUUUUAUACGUGUACACCAAGGAUAAAUUAUGCGUAGCACUUUUGCUGAUGCAAAAUAAAUUCUUAUUUUCAUAUGGUCUAAAUUAUUGAGAAGUUAGAAACUAAAUUUGCUAAACAUUAUGGCACAUUUUUGGUUCUUUUGAUAUCUUCUGUAUUUAGUACUGACAUACAACCGAAUAUGUGAAGUUUCUGUUUUUAUAUUUGUGUCCACAGUAUUGCAAAAGGGCAUCAUAAUGAAUACCUCUGUAUAUCAUAGACACAAUAAAAUAUUUUUUUGGAGUGGAGCCCUCAUUAGGUUAUUGGUUUAAAAUUCAUUUUGCCUAUUGAAGAAUUGCAGAAUGCAUUAUAUGCUUAGUUUGAAUCUUUUUAUUGUGUACCAUACUACUAUAUGUAUAUUUCCAUUUUCAUUAAAAAAUCUUUUGAAAACAGUAAGACAGUGUUCUCUACUUUUAUUGAGCUUACUGUUUAUGUUUCUCAGUUACCAUAUUAUGUUGUCUUUCACGUUGUAAUGGCUUUAAUCAGUGCAUAUUUAAUAUACAGCAUGUAAUAGAUACAUUGUUUUCAGUAUUAUAUACUGGUAUUAGAAAACUUUCAACAUAUAUGUAAACAAUGUUCCUGUUCUAAAGUUUUUUGUUUUUUUUGUUUUUUUUAAACAGCCAGGUAACAGCAACAUUCCUGUCGGGGAACUACAUUUCUGGCAAAAGGUAUUGUAGGUACAAAAACUUUGAAAUAAUGUGGUAACACUUUACAAUAAGGUUCCAUUUGUUAACAUUAGUUAACAUGAACUAACAAUUUACAAUAUUAUUUUUAUUUAACUAAUAUGCUGUCAAAAUAUAUUGUUAAUUGUUAGUUCAUGAUACCUAAUGCAUUAACUAAUGUUAAUGAAUGGAACCUUAUUGUAAAGUGUCACCACUUUUGGUUUCUUUGAUAUGUUACAUAUUUAAAAAAAUAAAUAAAAAAAAAGAUAGCAGAAUCUGGAAAUCUGGACAGAGUUUUCAUUUUGCAGUACAAAUGUAGCAAUUUUAAUGAAGAAUAGCAGUUUCAAUACUGCUGAUGUGGAUUAUACGGAUUGUACUCCGUAGUGUGCUGCAGUGUUGCAUAAAGUUUACAGUGGUUCCCAGACUGACCCCCAGUGGCGUUUCAAGCUCCAUUGAGUUCUGACAACUGACUGGGUGGGUGUUAGGGAGGUGUGGUUUCCCACUUGGGUUCUGAUGGACAGGUGGGUGGGGACAAAUCUUUCAAGCAAGUCAGUCCACUGGCGGCCAUCUUUGGAACACUCUCAGGAGGCUAUUUCAAGUCAUGAAAGUGCAACUCCAAUCUACUUGAAUGGGGGAACACCAAAAUCUCCAAAAUGGCUGGUAAAGAUUACGAUCAAAGAACAUAUUUCAAAUCGGCAGUAACAUCUGACAAUACUGGAAUCAUAAAUUGUGCUUCUUUACCUCAGAUUAUGCUAAAAAAAAAAAAAAAAAAAAAAAAAAACUCUAUUUUUGAUCCGGGCUUGUAUAGCUAAUGCACGUUCUUGAGUUGAUUGACAGGUGAUGUCUGUAUCUAAAAGGUUAUGGGCUCAUUUACCUGUAAGGCAGGACUUCCUUUGUACAUCCGCUGACCAUUCUAGUUUCUCCCAUUCAUUUUAAUAAAAGUGGCCCGUUUCUGCUAAAAGGCUCUUAGCUAAUACCAAGAAACGUAUCCAACUUUUUCCUACAUCCUGUGAUGCUUAGUGCGAAAUGUGGGCGUUACUUUCGUUAUCAAGUUAACACAGCUGUUGUUGCGGUGUACGAGCAGAAUUAUCGGUUGUUUCAGUGGAGUACCUGUGUUAAUUCAGCUUCAGAUGUGUGUGUUCUCAUCCUCGGGUAUGUUAUCGCUUUUUCAGGUUUUCCGAUCAGACGGUUAUUUCCUUUUAAUUCCACAUGUAAGUUUAAACUUUUGCUCGGUGGGUGAUUGACUGGUGAGAGGUGGUGCUUCGCUGCCAUCCGGGACACAUCAAGACAGCAUUUUAAACAUCAAAUGAAAUGUGGUUUUUGACUACCUCUGUAUAUGUUUUUUGCGAUCCAAUCACAAAUCAUUUUACACCCCAUUUACAAUUAUAUUGAGCGCUGACCAUUUGCGAUCGGAUCAUCCAAAAUGUGUCUUAUUACCAGCUGUAAACAGGGUCUAAAAUGAUUUCAGCCAGAGCUAUGGAAUGCUAUAGAACGACUUCCGGUAGAAGUCCCACCUACAUUCGUUUCCCCAGUAAGACCCCCAGGAAAAAGGUAGACAUGCACUUAAACCAAGAAACGGGCAUGCUGACCCUGUACCCUUUUCUUAUUUUUGAUAAUUGUCAAGCACUCCCAUCAAUUUCCAAACAUAUAAUAAAAAAAAUUCACGAUGCAUACAAUCAAUAUCAUAAACACAUAAAAGUUUUACGGUCAGAAAAUACUGAAUCAUUUAAUCUAAGGAUAAGAAUGAUUAACUUGAUUGAUUAAUGAUGAUGAUAAUGAUGAAUGAUUAAUCCCUUUUUGGGAUGCAUGAUUGCACAAAGUAAAUCACAAUUAAUAAUGGAGGUCAGUGUUUUACAAUAAAACACAUACAUGGAAAUUAUUAUCAAA